UGACAGAUCCAUCGUCCAUGUUUUCUAUACUCCCUACAAAGUCUAUCCUAGCUCGAAUUGUGGUGUACAGCGUGUUGCCGUUUCGCGUCCCCGAUGCGUCAGCUUGUCAAACCCGGCGCGCCCAAAGCGGACAGCAGCGCUCGGUCGCGCCGUCCCGCCGUCGGACCAAAGGCGAAGGAGAAGCCGGCGGCGGCCAGCGGACACCGGCGGCUGUGCUGCCUCGCCGUCCUCGCCGUGACCAUCUUCCUCUGGUACCGUUUCUCCCUGCUCGACGACGAUGCAAAAGGCGACGCCGACCCGUGCCAGGGGCGGUACAUCUACGUGUGCAAGCUGCCGGCGCGCUUCAACGCCGACAUCAUCCGCGACGCCUGCCGCGACACCGACGCCGGCGGCGAACGCUUGUGCGCGUCCGUCGGCAACGCCGGCCUCGGCCGGCCGCUGGAGGAUCCGGCGGACGGCGUGCUCACCGGCGAGAAUGGGUGGCACGGCACGCGCCAGCUCGCGCUCGACGUCAUCUUCCACAACCGGAUGAAGCGGUACGAGUGCCUCGCCAACCGAUCCACCGUGGCCACCGCCAUCUUCGUCCCGUUCUACGCCAGCCUGGACUUCGCCCGCCACGCUACCGGCCGCGACAACGCCACGAGGGACGCCGCGGCGGCGGACGUCGCGGACUGGCUCAGGUGGCGGCCCGAGUGGGACCGGCGCGCGGACGGCCACGACCACUUCCUCGUCGCCGGGAGAGCGGCGCGGGACCUGAUGAGGGACGGCAGCGGCCCGGACUGGGGCACGAACCUCCUCGUCACGCCGGCGGGCCGGAACAUGUCGGCGCUCGUCCUGGAGUCCUCGCUGCACGAGGCGACCAGCGGCUUCGCCGUGCCGUACCCGACCUACUUCCACCCCAGGACCGACGCAGACGUGUUCCGGUGGCAGGAAAGGGUGCGCGGCCUGCGGCGUAGGUGGCUCAUGGCGUUCGUCGGCGGUGAGACGCGGCAGGCGCUGGAAAGCCCAGCAACCACCAACGAUCACGUCAUGGCGCAAUGCAAGGCGUCGGAGUCUUGCGGCCACCUGAAGCUGGGGCGCUGCGCCGCCGGGAGCACCAGCCAGUGCCACUCGCCGGUCAACGUCAUGCGUCUGCUCCAGAACGCGACGUUCUACCUGCAUCCGCCGCCCGGCGGCGACUCGUACACGCGGCGGUGGGCGUUCGACUCGAUGGUGGCCGGGUGCAUUCCGGUGUUCUUCAACCCGGCGUCGGCCAGCCUGCAGUACAAGUGGCACCUGCCCAAGGACUACACCAAGUACUCGGUGCUCGUCCCGGAGGUUGGCGUCCGAGCGGGCACAGUGAACAUCGAGGCCACGCUCCGGGCGAUCCCAGCGGCGACGGUGGCGCGGAUGAGGGAAGAGGUGGUGAGGCUCAUCCCGACGGUGGUCUACGCCGAUCCCACUGCGAAGCUCGAGACUGUCAAGGACGCCUUCGAUAUCGCCGUCGAGGGGAUCCUCCACAGCGUGGCGAGGCCUCGGGCUUGAUUAAAUUUCCUUGCACAAAUUUUGUCAAUAUUUUCAUGGAUCAGUGGUACUCCAUGUCUCCACGAUUCAUUGUACGUUACGUUUACGAUGUCUCGUCCUCCCUCUCUCACGGUCUCGUGCUCGGUGCUCUUAAUUAGCAAGUUGAAACUUUGUUUUUUCGAUAAAAGAUACCUUAUUAUUUAUAUAUAAAAAGUUUAGCAA